UAGAAAGGGGAGGGAAUACGUGGGGAAGAAGACAGGAAGAAGGUGAAGAACAAUGAGUGAUGGUCCGAAGCUAUACACCACCAAACCCAAGAAAGCAGGGCAGUUGAAGCAAAAGGCAAAAGACUUUUCUACACCUGCUCCGAACCCAUCUGCAAUGGGGCCCAUUCCACCUCCAACUCCUCCAAAGGAGUCAUUCGCUCGCCGUUACAAGUUCGUUUGGCCGCUACUGUUGGCCGUUAAUCUCGCCGUCGGAGGUUAUCUGUUCAUGAGAACCAAGAAGAAAGAUACGGGCGCAGAAGAUGAUGAAAUUGCAGGAGAAACUCCAGCUCCAAUUGCAAGUACAACUGCCCUAGUUCCCGAGAAAACAUCACUGGUGCCACCCAUUGCAAAGCCCAUAGAGGUACGCCAACCCAUCCCUGAACAUGAGCAGCGUGAGCUUUUCAAGUGGAUGUUGGAAGAGAAGAGAAAGGCAAAGCCCAGCAAUCCUUCAGAGAAGAAGCGCAUUGAUGAAGAGAAGGCUAUUCUCAAACAGUUCAUUCGAUCAAAAUCCAUUCCAAACUUCUAGGAGAUGAUUGUUGUACCAGGGGGAUGAUUGAGAUGGUGAUAUGCUGUUCAAUUGUGCGUGCAUGUGGGCUUCCUUCUUGCUGUAUAUCAAUCAUCCCAUCAACAAAUAUUCUCCCUUUUUAUUAAUCUUCUUCAGGAAACGCCAGCUCUUGCUUUUGUUUUCUAUAGAAAAAAAAUCCAACGUCUGUGGCUUUUAGACAUCGUGUGGAACACGGUUUACAUCCUUCUUCAAUAACUUGGGGGGUUCCAUA